GCCGAGGCACCGGGAGAGAGGGGCCGAGGCACCGGGAGAGAGGGGCCGAGGCAGGUGGAGGCUUCACUGAGACGACUUGACCUUUCAUCCUUUACUGAAAUGAUCAGAAUGACGCUCCGCCCUCUUCACAUGUCAGAGCAGCAGCUCUGAUGGUCAUAACACAGUACAGAGUCUGGUGGGGAAGAGAGAAGCCUUGAUAAGAAACGGCUGGGCUAGAUUUUCGUUUACUGUCUGAAGAUAGUUAGUACUUUGAACCAAAAGUCUGAGGUUUUGCCUUUGUGAAGUUUGAACAAUGCCAGUUUCUACGAGUGCCUUACAGCAGAUGGCUGUUUACUUGGGAAUAGUGUCCGGAGGAGGGUGUGCAGUAAUGUAUUACCUUAUACAAAAAGGCUUUUCAAAAUCAGAAUACUACAAGUUGGGACUCGAACAACUUAACAAACAUAACAAAGCGUUAGAGAUUCUGGGAGCUCCACCGCUGCAGGUCCGAAAUAUCAGACUCUUUGACAAGAGUAAUUGUGUGGAUGGAAACAGUGCAAAGAUUAAAAUCCCAGUAGGUGGAACAAAAUCGGCUGGAUAUCUCCACACUUUUUCUGUCAGAGACACAGCACAGAAAAGGUGGUCGUUACAAGAAGCUGUACUGCAACUGAACAGUGGGCAGCAUGUUUUGAUUUACCCGUCAACCAAAGAUGAUGAUCACCAAUGAAGCAGGUGUGUGCCGACCCUUUGAGAAUACCAGAGACAAUAUCAGAAUUAAACCCAAUGGGCCUGAGAUCAAAAGCAGUAUUCCUCCCAUGCAACUAAAACACCAAUGUGCUUUGAAAAUGCCUGAACGAGCCUGUAAUUGUUCAGCAAUACAAGGCUGAAUUAUGACAAUAAUGAAAUGAGAAGAAAUGUUUUGAAAGACCAUGAGAAUGUUGAUAAUGUGUAAAUGAAGAAAGUACACAGCUUUGGAAUAUUUGCCUAUAGUGAAUAAACUGCCUUUAGAUAUGACCCAACAACUUUCUGUGAUUGUAGUUAUCCCUACAAGCAUCAGUCCCUUAAAAGCUUUCCCUUCACAGGUAGAUAAGGCUAUAAAAAGGCUGAAGGGGUCUUGGGCUUUAUAUCCAGAAUGAUAGAAUAUAAAAGUGAGGAGAUGAUGCUAUCUAUAUAAAACCUUGGUAAGACCACAUAGUAGUUUACCUGACAGACUCUGGAAUUUGAACCUAGCAGAUCGGGCCUAACAUCAAAAAUGUUUUUAAACAAUUCCACACUGGAAACCUCCCACCGGACCAACUCUCCCAAGCGUGUGCCAAUGCCACCGUCCUCGCUGGCCUUCCCAGUUGCCAGGGAUAUCUACUUUGACUCAAAUUGUUUUGAGCAGAAAGUAGCUUAUUCACUUAAAUAACUAUUUUUGAAAAAUGGCAGUACUGCAUUAUAAUUACACUUCACCAGAAAUUCUGUCUCCCCGGACCAGAUCUCCCGGCAUUAGUCCGACAAGCUGGGGUUUGGAAAUACAGUGUCUCCAAUUCUGGUCUCCAUACAAUCAAAGGGAUAUAGCAAUGAUGGAAAGAGUACAACAUAGGUUUACUUAGAUGAUACCAGGGCUGGCAGGUUACUGCUAUCAGGAUAGACUGAAUAGGUUAGGCUUUUUUUUGCUAGAGAAGAGACCUUUAAGGAAAGAACGUAAUAGAAGCAUUUAAAUUAUAAAAGAGGUUGAUAAGAUUAAUAGAAAUAGGCUGUUUCCAUUGGUUGGGGAGUCUGUAACUGGGGGUCCAAGUAUAAGAUAGUGACCAGGGGAUCUAAAAUUUAGGAGGAACUACUUGAAGCAGAGGGUAGUAAGAUUAUGGAACAUGCUGCCUGAAGUGAUGGUUGAAUCAGAUAACGUAGAUACAUUCAAGAGGAAGCUGGACCACCUGAGAGAAAGGACAAUACAAGGAUAUGGGAAGGAGUAAAGGAAAGGUUGGAGACCCAUAUGGUGAUAAAUACUGGCACCAGAUGAUUUGGCUGAGUGGCCUGUUUCUGUAUUGUACAUUCUUUGCAAAUCUUCUCUUAGUAAACAUGCAUUUUUCCAACAGCCUACAUUCAUCUGUAUGACAUUUCCCAUUCCAAAGACUGAAAAAAUGCUAUUUUAGCAGUGUAAAACUGUGUAAAACUGAAUGUGUAUUUUGUUUUCCUUUUGUAGGUGGAACCGAAAAUACUUGAAUAAAUUAGUAUAAUGUAAA